ACUUUUACCGCAGGUGGAGCGAAGGUGAAAAUGAAUAAUGCCGUUUAGAAACAGCGCCAGUCGAAAAUGGUAAACUAAGUGUGUAAAUUUUGAAUUUUUUUUUCCAUGUGCGUUAUUGCAGCAGUUUUUCCAAAAAUGACACGCAGAGAUUAUUAUUUUAGAAUGGAAACUCAAUGGAAAUCCAGAAAAGUUACGGGUUUCAUAUACUGAAAUAAAAAUUAACAUGCGGACAGAACGCAUAUAUUGCUGAAAUGCGGAAUAAAAGUUUUCUUCAAAUACCAUUGAAAAGUCGCAUUUUACGAUUAUAUUAUAAUGACUAGAUUCACGUCAUUAAAUAAGUCGAAAUUCAUUUUCUUCAAACUUUGUUCAGUUUCUGUAACAGGUAUUUUAUUUAUACUGUACUACUGCUACUAUUAUGAUGGAAGCUUCCUGAAAAAUGAAAAAUAUUUUUUAAAUAGUGAAAGAGUGACAGGCAACAGCUUACUUGAUUUUAGGAAUUUUGAGUAUAUAAUAAAUAAUGAUAUUUGUAAAGGUAAUGUGCACAUACUCAUACUUGUGCAUACUGCUCCUAACCAUUUCCAUCACAGAAAUGUAAUUAGAAGCAUGUGGGGCAAUCUUGGACCAGAAUUUCCUGUGAUCAAAAUAGUUUUUCUUCUAGCAGCAACAGAGGAAUUUCAAGCAAAUAUUGAACGUGAGAAUUACUCUUACAGAGACAUAGUUCAAGGUAAUUUUCUUGACUCUUAUCGUAAUUUAACAUACAAACAUGUCAUGGGUUUGUCCUGGGCAUCAGAAUACUGUGCACAUGCCAGAUAUCUUCUGAAAAUGGAUGACGAUAUUUUUAUAGAUGUUUAUCAACUGCUUGAUUAUAUAUACACAAAAUUUAAAUAUUUCGAUUUGGAAAAUAAUAUAGCUUGCUAUUUUCAACAACACAUGCCAGUGGUCAGGGAUCCAGUCAGCAAGUGGUAUGUCUCCAAAGAGGAAUUCUCAUCGGAUACUUUUGAUGAUUACUGCUCAGGAUGGGCUUACCUGACAACACCACAUGCAGCAAAAACUUUAAUUUAUUCUGUAAGAAAGCUUCGAUAUUUUUGGGUUGAUGAUGUACAUUUAACAGGCUCUGCUGCCAAAGCUGCAGGAAUCGGCAAAAUAUCAUUAAAUUAUUUAUAUGCACUAGAAACAGAUGGAUUAAUAGAAUGGGUAAGUAAUUCAAAUGGUUUAAAAUGGGAUAAAGUAUUUGCUCCAACAUGGGGAGAUUUAAUACUUACCAGAAAGGCACAUGAAAAAGCCAAGCAAUGUUAUAUUUCAAAGUGCAAAUGCUGCUAUGCUCGGAAGACCACUGUGAGACCUAUAACUGUUUCUACUACUGUUAAAGGUGUUGCAAUACCUCUUCAUGCAUUUUAAAGUUUAUAAUAGACUAUAAAAUUAAAAUAAAAUGAAAAAAUACUAUUAAAAUUAAUUUUACCAAAAAAUUCUACAGUUAAAAUUUUAUUCAUAAAAAGUCAAUAAAUGUGUUUUUUCACUAGCCAAUCACUAAAUUAUAAUUGUAAUUUAAAAGUUUUUCAUCCUAAACAUAAUGAAAAACAAUAGACAUGAAUUACAAACAUUCCAUAAAAUUUGUACUGAGCAAUACUCUUUUUUUAAUAUAAAAAUAUUUGAAAAAAAAAAAAAAAAACCCAAGAGUUAGUAUUAUUUAUAAAACAAAGAAAAUGCUUAGUUACCAUAUUAUUUGUUACAAAAAAUGAAUUUUCUCUAAAAAUAUUUGAUUUAAGGUUAUUCCUAAAAACUCUUUUUUAAUAACAUAUGUACUGAAAUGCAAAUAUGAUUAAGAGUAGUAGAGAAAUUCAAAAAAAGCUAAGAAAUAAAACAAGCAUCACUAUUAAAAACUAUUUAGAAAAAUAAAUUCAUGACUCCGAUCAAAACUAAAACUGAAAUCAUGAAUUUUACAGGAUGCACAUUUAUUUGAUAUAAAAUAUUUCAAGCAAUUUAAUUUCAAUAUAUAAUUCAUAUUAAACAAAAUUACCACCAAGAAAUUAUGUUUUAUUAAUUCCUAGAAAUUCUUAAAAAAUAAAUAUAAUAUUUCUUAGAGAAAUGCAAGUGUUAAUGAUGAACAUAAUGUUUCACAGAAUAUUAAACAUAUUUUGUGGAUGAAAUUAAAAAUUACAAUGCUGCAACUGAAUGCACAAGCUAAAUUUUUUUUAUUUUUUGAGAGAUGCUAGCAUAAAACUGAAAAGAUAAUAGUUCUUUGUUGUUACUUAUAAUUUUCUUCUUCUCUUAAAGAUACUGUAUAUUAUAAAAAAAUAUAAUUGCCCAUGUAUUGUUAUCUUUGAAUUAUUUUGAACUUGCUAAUUUUUUAAAAUUCCGUACACUAUUAUAUGAUUACUUGCUAACGCACCCGCUUGAUAAUAUUUGAGGGAGGAAAACAAAAUUAACUUUUUUUGGGGGUGGGCAGCGGGGGGAUUUUACAUAAGCUUAUUUUAUUUUAAUUGCUGAA